GCGGGCCCCGCGAAAGGUGGCGGGGUGGAGGGACAGCCGGAGAGGGGAACGGGAGGAGGCGCGCACGGGAGCGGGAGCGGCGCGGCGGAACCCCCCUCCCUGGCUCCCUCCCCCGCACGUGAAAGUGAGCGGAGGGGGCUGCCGCCGCCCGAGGAGAGCGAGCGAGAGCGCGGCCCCUUGGCCCUGGACCCGCCUCCCCACUGGCGGCGGCGAGAGCAGCGCCCAGGUGCUAGGUCCGGAGCCAGCCGCAAUGGCGUCCAAGGCGGCGGAGAGGGAAAUUUUCCUCACAGACCUGCAGCAGAAGGAAGGGCUUUGCAACUGGAAACUGCACACAUCCAUGUGUGUAGAUCUCUACAUCUCAUAUGGCUCUCCAGACGUGGUAGCAGGAACAGUCCCAGGAUCUACCCCCACUAUAUGUAGCCAAAAGGUAGAUGUGCGAAAUAUCCUUGUCUCUGACAACGUGAGCAUUGGACAAAAAUUGGACUAUUCAGACACAAUGGUACAGCAGAAGUUGGAUGAAGUAAAGGACCAAAUUAAACGGGAAAUAAGGAAGGAACUUAAAAUCAAGGAAGGAGCAGAAAACCUUAGGAAGGUCACUACAGAUAAAAAAAACUUGGCUUAUGUGGAUGACAUUUUGAAAAAAUCAAAUAAGAAGCUAGAAGAAUUACAUCAUAAAUUACAGGAAUUAAAUGCACAUAUUGUUGUAACAGAACCUGAAGAUGUUACAGAUUGUCCCAGGACCCCUGAUACACCCAACAGUGAUCCUCGGUUUUCCACAAAUAACAGGUUGAUGGUCUUAAAAAAACAGUUGGAUAUAGAACUGAAAGUGAAACAAGGAGCAGAGAAUAUGAUCCAGAUGUAUUCAAAUGGUUCUUCAAAGGAUAGAAAGCUUCUCGCAACAGCUCAACAGAUGCUGCAGGACAGCAAAACAAAAAUUGAAGUUAUAAGGAUGCAAAUUCUUCAGGCUGUCCAAACGAAUGAAUUGGCUUUUGAUAAUGCAAAGCCUGUGAUAAGCCCACUUGAGCUUCGAAUGGAGGAAUUGCGGCAUCAUUUUAGGAUAGAGUACGCAGUAGCAGAAGGAGCAAAAAACGUUAUGAAGUUACUUGGAUCUGGAAAAGUUACUGACAGAAAAGCUCUCUCAGAAGCUCAAGCAAGAUUCAAUGAAUCAAGCCAAAAAUUAGACCUCUUAAAGUAUUCAUUAGAACAAAGACUUAAUGAACUCCCUAAAAACCAUCCCAAAAGCAGUAUUAUUAUAGAAGAACUUUCACUUGUGUCAUCGCCAACAUUAAGUCCGCGGCAAAGCAUGAUAUCUACACAGAAUCAGUACAGUACACUAUCCAAACCAGCAGCUUUAACAGGUACUUUGGAAGUUAGACUUAUGGGUUGCCAAGAUAUUUUGGAGAAUGUCCCUGGUCGAUCAAAAGCCACAUCCAUUACUCUUCCUGGAUGGAGUCCAAGUGAAGCCAGAUCAUCUUUUAUGAGCCGAACUAGUAAAAGCAAAAGUGGGAGUAGCCGGAAUCUUCUGAAAACAGAUGAUCUGUCCAAUGAAGUCUGUGCUGUUCUGAAGCUGGAUAAUACUGUGGUUGAUCAAACUAGCUGGAAGCCUAUUUCCAACCAAUCAUGGGACCAGAAGUUUACACUGGAGCUAGACAGAUCACGUGAAUUAGAAAUUUCUGUUUAUUGGCGUGAUUGGAGAUCUCUGUGUGCAGUGAAGUUUCUGAGGUUAGAAGACUUUUUAGAUAAUCAGCGACAUGGGAUGUGUCUCUAUCUUGAGCCCCAGGGCACUCUGUUUGCUGAGGUUACAUUUUUUAAUCCAGUUAUUGAAAGAAGGCCAAAACUUCAAAGACAGAAGAAAAUUUUCUCAAAGCAACAAGGCAAAACAUUUCUCAGAGCUCCUCAGAUGAAUAUUAAUAUUGCCACUUGGGGAAGGCUGGUGAGAAGAGCUAUUCCUACAGUAAAUCAUACUGGCACUUUCAGCCCUCAAGCUUCCGUGUCUGCUUCAGUGCCAGUGGUUGAUACUCGUAUUCCUGAGCUAGCAUCAGCAGCUAGCGAUUCCCCUGUAACCAAAUUGGAAUUUGAACUUGAAUCCGAACCCCCACUUACUCCACCGCGUGCUUCUUCUCUUGGAGAAAUAAGUGAACCUUCACUUGAGCCGAAGGCUCCAGCUGCACCCACUCAGGAUACAGAAACAUUUGAUUUUGAGCAUGACAGAAAUAAUUUUGUCCCCAAACUUCAGCCGGAAAUUAUUUGUGAGACUCAAAUUUCAAACUCUGAUACAGAGUAUACUAUACAAGAACCUGAAGAUAGAAGAAUGCAACAGAGAUUUCAGUUUAGUUUACAAGACUUCCGAUGUUGUGCUGUUCUGGGCAGAGGACACUUUGGAAAGGUCCUUUUGGCCGAGUAUAAAAAUACAAAUGAAAUGUUUGCUAUUAAAGCCUUAAAGAAAGGAGACAUCGUUGCCCGUGAUGAAGUAGACAGUCUCAUGUGUGAGAAGCGGAUUUUUGAAACUGUGAACAGUGUAAGGCAUCCCUUUCUGGUGAACCUGUUUGCUUGUUUCCAAACCAAAGAUCAUGUGUGCUUUGUAAUGGAGUAUGCUGCUGGCGGGGAUCUCAUGAUGCACAUUCAUACCGAUGUCUUUUCUGAACCAAGAGCAGUAUUUUAUGCUGCAUGUGUGGUUCUCGGACUGCAGUAUUUACAUGAGCACAAAAUAGUUUAUAGAGAUUUGAAAUUGGAUAACUUGUUGCUGGAUACAGAAGGUUUUGUGAAGAUAGCUGACUUUGGUCUCUGUAAGGAAGGCAUGGGAUUUGGCGACCGAACAAGUACAUUCUGUGGCACUCCAGAAUUUCUUGCUCCAGAGGUGUUGACAGAAACAUCUUAUACAAGAGCUGUGGACUGGUGGGGUCUUGGUGUGCUCAUCUAUGAAAUGCUGGUUGGUGAGUCUCCCUUUCCUGGAGAUGAUGAAGAGGAAGUUUUUGACAGUAUUGUAAACGAUGAAGUAAGAUAUCCUCGGUUCCUUUCUACAGAAGCCAUCUCAAUAAUGAGAAGGCUUCUGAGGAGAAAUCCAGAGCGGCGUCUUGGUGCUGGUGAGAAAGACGCUGAAGAUGUCAAAAAGCAUCACUUUUUCCGGUUGAUAGAUUGGAAUGCCCUGCUUGCCAAGAAAGUAAAGCCUCCUUUUGUACCAAUAAUAAGAGGAAGAGAAGAUGUCAGCAAUUUUGAUGAUGAAUUUACCUCAGAAGCGCCUAUUCUCACUCCACCCAGGGAGCCACGGAUACUUUUAGAAGAUGAACAGGAAAUGUUCAGAGACUUCGACUACAUUGCUGAUUGGUGUUAAUUUCUUAGACACUGUGAAAUCCUAGCCAACUGGCUUAUGAGAAUGGCAUCCCCCUUCCCUCUCAAGAAUACCAGCCUUUGGAUUGGUCUCUGUGCUGCCUGUAGCUUGAUUUUAAAUCACAUGAAGAUUUUUUUUAAGUACUGUUUUUAAUACACCUAAGGAGUGGCCUCUUGUAUAUCCUUUUUUAAAAAAAAAUCUUGAGCACUGGAAAGCAGUUCUGUGCAGCUUUUUUAAACUGAAUUGUUGGUACAGUUUGUGUUCCACUCUCAUAUGGGCACACACAUCCUUUGUACCUUUUGCAACAGACAACAUUGCAAAAUAUCUGCCUUAAAAAAGUGGGACAACAACCAGACGUGACAACCAUCUACCCAGGUUUUAUUGGAAGAAGGCAAAAGCUGACCAUUUUAAUGAAUGAAAAAAAAGUACUGCAAUCUCAAAAAAGUGUCAGUCUGAAGACUGUUAAGCACACUGUUGACUUGAUUUUUAAAAGUAAUGAGGAUUAAGAACAGAUGCCUUGUUUUUUGGUAACCUUUCUAUGGUAUUUAUUAGGGGGUGGGGUAUGUGUUUAAAAGCCUUACCUAUGUGAAAAAAGUGUAAGUGCUUCCAUUUUUAAAACACAGAGAGACCAGAGUGGUCCUGAAAAGUUUACCAAAGUCACUUGCCAAACAUUUUUUUGCCUUUAAUCUCGUUAAACACUGUUCAGAAAUAACCAGCAGAGUUAAGAAUGUAAUGAAUAAGAAUGUCUCUCUUCAGUCUUAACCAGGAAUUUUUUUUAGGUAGAUGCAUUCUCUCAGAUCCAGUUACUGUUCUGUACUCUUAGUCAUGUAUUUUCCCUCUAACUCCAUGGAUAGGUAUCCUAAUUUGUUAACAAUGUCAUUCAUCUUGUGUGUGCUAACUUGGAGUUACCAUAUCAUUUUUAAGGAAUGACAGACUUCAGUGUAUGCAUGUGAUGUACAUGUAUAUCUGGAAGUUAUAUAUGUACUUUUGUUUCAAGCACAUCAGUUAAGUGUACCACUCCCAUUAGUUUUUGUCCAGUGGCCGUGUGAAUGAAUGUAUUGUUAAAGCCAGACUUAAUGGGGAAAAAACACAUUGGUGUACAUUUUAAGGUCACUGAAUUCCAGAACCUUCAUUGGCAGUUAUUGAGAAGAGGGAUAGAAAGCAAUAAUAAGAGAAUGUGUAUAAAUAUUUUUGGUAAAACAUGUAUAUUUUAAGCCUCUUAACACUAUGCUGUACCUCAAAAGUUAAACUGUCUUUGACCAGACACUGUGUGCGCUCAUUAUAAUCUUGGUUUGUUUUCCAACAUUCUGUACAAAUAUUUUAAAACUGUGUGGAAGAGAACAUUCCACUUUAGCUAAUCAAAAUUUCUGAUCAGCCUCAUCUCCCACUAGCUCACAAUCAAGAGCGUGUUGAGUGAAGUUUAAAUUCACUCAAAUUGACUGCUUUUUCUAGUCUCAUUCUAUAAAAGGUGAAUAGUAAUUGAACCAUGUUGAUUUUGAGUAGAGGCAGUGCAAUGUGAAAGUGUUACAUGCUGAGAUUUGUUCAGUAAAUUUGACCAGAAUGUGAUCUGCUAGGUUUCUAAUUUCCUUUUUAAAGUGGGUACUGGUCUGCAAGGUAUAAUAGGGUCACUAAAAUAAUGUGCAUUCAAGUUUGUCCAAAAUGGACAAUGGUGAGAGAAUCUCUUAAAAAUAAUCAGGAAUAUAACUUUUAAAAUGCUUUGUCUUUUCAGGAUGUUAUUUUGUUAUUCCCCAUUUCAUGUAUUCUAAUUUAAACAAACACUACAUAUGUUGAGGCAUACUUUGUUAACCCUUUCUAUUUACUAAUUAUAGAUCUACAGGUGGCUGGGUCCCAAACGGGUGCUUCAGAUUUAAAAUUCUACAGAAGUAACUUUUUUGACAAAAACGUCUUGUACAGAAAUGUUUGUAAUCUAAAUAAGUCUCUAACAAAUAGAGACAGGGUAUGUUCACACAGUUAAGCUGAAAGAAAGCACUAUUUUUAUCUAGUUUUAAAUAUAUUUAGGCAAAUUAAGAUUUUAAACUCUAGAUUGUAAAUAUAUUUUGCUAUACUUGUAUGUGGCUGCUGAAGCACUUUGUAAAGAAAUUAGGAUAUUUUAGAAUGGUACACUAUGCAUUAAAUGAAAUGUGCCUUUAACAUUGUCAUACUACAGACUGUCUUGCAGUUAUCACAAAUUAAAGUUUAAAUAGUGAAAUUUGUAUAUGAAAAUGAUUUACUGACUGAACCCUAUAAUGUUGUCUUUCUCUAGAUAAAAUGUCGUUAGAACUUGGUCUGAAUUACCGUUCCUUGUUAGUUUUUUUCUCCCAGUAAUUUAAAGUCCCACUGCUAAAUUGGUUGCCUUUACUGGCAAUUUGGGGGUGAAGAAUAGGUUUGGAUUCGCCUAAAAUUUUGACUCUGCUGCUACUAUUCUUGCCUUUUAAGAACAAAAUGAUAAAUGUAUAUUAAGAGACAAGGCUACCUGUAAGUCAUCUAAAAAGCUCUUCCAGCAUUGUAUUAAAGAGGUUCAAUGUCCAAACUGUUUCCCUUUUUGUCUGUACUGCAGGCAAUUAAAUCAGAAGCUGAAGCAAGCUAA